GGGGGAGUGUGUCUCACAUGAGAGGCAACAGGCUAGGCCACCAAACCAGGACGAUUAAGGUUAUGUAUAUUUCAGGAGCUGUCAAGUCCAUCCAAAUUGAAUGAGCAUCUCUCGUUGUGGCUGUUACCGAGAGGGUGGGCGCUGUGCCGAGAUGGCUAUGGUGUGUCUCACAGACUUCGAGGUGUAUGCCAAGGAGCACCUGUCCAAGGCCACCUGGGACUACUACGCCGCCGGAGCAGACGAAUGCUGCACCAGGGAUGACAAUCUACUGGCCUACAAACGGAUCCGUCUGAGACCGCGCGUACUGCGGGACGUGUCCGUGAGCGACACCAGGACCACGGUCCUGGGCACGGAGAUCAGCUUCCCCGUGGGCAUUGCACCAACAGCCUUCCACUGUCUGGCCUGGCCUGAGGGAGAGGUGGCCACUGCUAGGGCUACGGAGUCUGUGAACACCUGCUACAUCACCAGCACCUACUCGACCUGCUCGGUGGAAGAAAUUGUGGCUGCAGCUCCUACCGGCUACCGCUGGUUCCAGCUGUACGUGUACCGGGACCGCAAGCUGUCCGAGCAGCUUGUCAACCGGGUAGAGGCGCUGGGAUACAAGGCCCUCGUCCUCACUGUUGACGUUCCCUACACCGGGAAGCGCCGUAGCGACAUACGCAACCAGUUCCAGCUACCUCCACAUCUGAAAGUGAAGAACUUUGAUGGGGUCUUCCAGGAGGCCGCUGGGCCAGAGGAGUACGGGGUCCCGGCCAACACCCUGGACCCCUCCAUCAGCUGGAAGGACGUGUACUGGCUGCAAUCCCUCACCCGCCUGCCCAUCAUCAUCAAGGGCAUCCUGACCAAGGAGGACGCUGAGCUGGCCGUGGAGCACGGCGUCCAGGGCAUCAUCGUGUCCAAUCACGGGGGUCGGCAGCUAGAUGGAGGUCCGGCCACGAUAGAUGUCUUGUCUGAGAUCGUGGACACGGUGCAGGGCAGGAUCGAGGUGUACCUGGACGGAGGGAUCCGCACAGGCAGCGACGUGCUGAAGGCCGUGGCCCUGGGAGCCAAGUGUGUGUUCAUUGGCCGGCCAGCCGUGUGGGGCCUUGCCUACAAGGGUGAAGAUGGGGUGAAGGAAGUACUGCAGAUUUUAAAUGAUGAGUUCCGUCUGUCCAUGGCUUUAUCUGGGUGCAGGAACGUGGCUGAGAUAAACAAGAAUCUGAUUCAGUUAGCCAAACUUUGAGAUGACAGCAGGGGCUAAAGCAAGACAACUAUGACCACAUAAUAACUAGUCAAACUGUGGCUUUCUGCUUUGAGUUUCAGAUCAUAAAUAUCUCUUAAAGAGUUAAGAUUUUGACAACAUUAUUCAUUCACAUAUGGAUCUUAGAGUGCAUGCCAUAAUAUAACUUUUCAAUAUGAAAAAAGCUUCUGGAAUAUGUAAUCAUAGAUUGAUAGUUAAUUUCUGUACCUUGAGGUCACAAAUCGGCCACUAUCGGAAAGCAAGAUUGGCCUCUGAUGCGAAUUAUUUCAGACUCUCAGGCUGUUUGGGUGACUAAAGGGUAGGUGUGGGCAGAGUGGCUUGAGUAAGUGAAAUAGGAACGGGAGGAUGCUGCAACAGUGGGGGUUGCACGUCCUCAGAUCUGAUAGUAAUGAUUGUUAUGGCUGUAAGGUGAAGGUAGAGCUAUGAAUGGAAAAAACACAAAAGCAUUACACUCCUAGCAACAUGUCAGAUGGUAGAUCUAGUAUGUUGUAUUCUAGAGUGUAAUGUCUCCAAAAAGAGUGAGACAGUAAAGGCCUCAAGCUGUGGAGUCAAGAGAGGCUUGAUGCUUGAUGACAUGAGAUCUGACGACUUUGAGAUUAAAAACUUUGUUACUGGC